AUGAUGUUCCACAGAUUAGCUGAUGUACCUGUGGUACUAUUAUGGCUCGGCGCAGUGCUUGCCGCAACGCCACAACCUAGCAGCAAGUGCCAAAGAAAAUGCGGCAGCAUAGACAUCCCUUACCCAUUCGGCAUCGUCCAUUCACCCGACGACGACGACGGCCACUGCACCAUGAACGGCUUCGGCCUGACCUGCAACGAGACCGGCAUUGAUGGUGGGCGCCACAGGCCAUUUUAUGGCGACGUGGAGGUCGUCGGCGUCUCGCUGCAGCAAGGUCAGGCUCGGAUGCUGAAUGAUAUCUCCUAUUAUUGCUACAACACCAUCACUCGGGAGAUGGACCGCGACGAGUGGUGGCUGAACUUUGUGGGCACACCCUUGAGGUUCUCUGACACCACCAACAAGUUCACGGUCAUCGGUUGCGAAACGCUGGCAUACAUCAACGGCGAUGACAGCAACCACGGCGAUGAUGGCGAUUACGGCGGCAAGUACAUGAGCGGGUGCGUGGCCAUGUGCCGGGGAGACGAUGUGAGGUCGACCCUGAGCAACGGCUCCUGCUCCGGGAUAGGGUGCUGCCAGACCGCCAUCCCCGGGGGGCUGCAGUACUACCACGUGGAGUUUGACUCUGCCUUUAACACGACGGAGAUCCACAACGUCAGCCGCUGCAGCUACGCGGUGCUCAUGGACUCGUCCAACUUCACCUUCUCGACCACCUAUGUGGCCUGGCCGGUGUUCAUGAAUAACUACGGCGGCCAGGCGCCGUUCGUCAUGGAUUGGUCUAUCGGGAAUGAGACAUGCGACAUAGCCCGUAAGAAACCUGGGUCAUACGCGUGUGUCAGCGACAACAGCGAGUGCUUCAACUCGCUCAAUGGACCAGGCUACAUCUGCAACUGCUCCAAAGGCUUCCAUGGUAAUCCUUACCUGCAAGAUCCGGAGCACGGAUGCAAAGACAUUGAUGAAUGCAAGCUCCCCCAAUUGUAUCGCUGCACAAAUGGCGGGGUCUGCAGAAACAGGCUAGGAGGCUAUGACUGCCCAUGCAAAUUUAGAUGGAAAGCCGACGCCAAAGCGGGAACUUGCAUAGAUCAUUUCCCUCUAGCAGCUAAGGUGGUAGUCGGUACAACUGUUGGCAUUCUUAUCAUGGUGCUUAUAACGUUUCUUGUUAUUCUUCACAAAGAGAAAAGGAAGAUGGCAGAAUUCUUCAAAAAGAAUGGCGGCCCUACAUUAGAGAAGGCAACAAGCAUUGAAAUUUUCAAAUAUGAGGACCUCAAGUCAUUUCUAAAGAGAAACAACUUAAUUGCAAAUGGUUCCUUUGGUGAAGUUUACAAGGGCCUUCUUGAAAAUAAACUAGUUGCAAUAAAGAAGCCGAUUAAUGGUACCGUGCGAGAGAAUGAACAAUUUGCAAAUGAAGUCAUCAUCCAAUCUCAACUCAUCCACAAGAACAUUGUUAGGCUCAUUGGUUGUUGCCCUGAAGUUGAAGCCCCCCUCCUGGUCUAUGAGUUUAUCUCCCAAGACUUUGGCAUAUCUAGGUUGCUUGCAACGAACAAACAACACACUACGUCAAUCAUCGGCGAUGUGAAUUACAUGGAUCCAGUAUAUCUACAAGAAGGCCUACUCACCAAAAAAAAUGAUGUCUACAAGAAGGCCUACUCACCGAAAAAAAUGGACAUAUCUAGAACUGCAAUACAUCUAGAUACAUCCAUUUUUUCAACAAGUAUUUACGGAAGAAGAGUGGAGGAGAACCUGCAUCAAGCAAUGGAAAAGCUGCAUCAAGCAAAGGACAACCUGCACCUAGCAAAUGAAAACAAGUAG